AAUGAUUCAUAAACAAGAAAAUGUUCAAGUUCUUGUAAUCAACGACGGUGUCAUGUUCGUCCGCUAAAAUCACUUUCCCCAGUAUUUUACGAGACUACCAGAGGGUUUCGCUAUGGAUUGUGAGUUUACAUUCGAGGAAGGACUAGAACAUCCUCCAAGUUCUGUUUUGUUCGGUACUAGUUUCUUGAAGGAGAAGGCAUAUAGUAAUUGCCAAUUAGAGGAUCUAGAAUUAGCCAUGGCGUUGGUGAAACCGAGCUGGUUAUACACUAAGGAAAUGGGAGGUGAAGAUCUGAUAACAAAGGAGAGGGGCAGUUUCACAUUAGCCUGACUAGAGAGUAUCUUAUACCAUUCAGAUUUGGAUUGUGGAGGCAAGAACAUAAUGCUCUCUGUUUCAUAGCAGCUGCACCAACCAAAGAAUGUAGGAUCUCUCUGCAGAAACACGGCUCAUGUCAGCUACACUUGUGUCAGAACCCCAAGAAAAUUCGAUUAGACAU